AUGCCAGAUAACCGCAGAGUGGAGUUGAUUGUGCCCUACGUGCACCGGCCGGAGAAAACGGGACGGUCGCCAACUUCAGCGUUCAGUUCAACCUUGCCAAUGGCUGCCAUGUUUAUGAGAUCGCGAAUUCUCUCGUGGUGUGCCCUUUUCACCGCCAUGCAGGUCUACCUGAACGAGCCUGAAGAGCGGUCGCCAGAUGCUCAGCCGGGCUGGAUGUCGUUGAUUAUUGCAGUGCUUGGUGUUGGAACAAGCUACAUGGACUUUGUCGGCAAACGUCCUGUGCCCAAACAAGCUGCUGCCAAGGCUGCGGAGACGGUGGUAGAGGCGGCCAAGGAGACUAUACACAAACUAGUAAACUAG